CAUGAAAGUGACGUCAUCGUUUGUGGCGCUGGCAGAAUACUAAUGAGGUUCAAACAUUCAUGUGUCGAGAUGGCAACAGUUGUCCACAUGUUGAUGAGCAGCAAAUACAGUAUAUGAUUGCUUUUUAUUGUCAUUUUGUGAAAUCGGAAAACUUUUGCUGUGUAGUUUACAAAGUUUGKUACUUUAACAUAACUUGCUAGUUUUUUUUAGCUAGAUAAUAUAGCUAGCUACAGUAAGGUUAGUCUAGUAGCUAAGUUAGCUAUCACAAAUCAAGUUCUUCGGUCAUGCUGUUUGUGAACUUUUCUCUUAGCUAGCUUCACCUGAAAAGUUGUCACCAAAAUGUCUGCAAUUAAUACAUACAUAAUGCAUGUACAACUACAUCAUUUGUAAAGGUUUUGUUGUGCGCUAGCCAGCUAUGACUCACGGGCAGUCACAUGGCUAAACGGGAUUUAUGAGUCACAGCGCGCCUUUCUGGACGAAGACCCGCCAGACUGUAAUGCCCUUUGGCUUUAACAAUAGUUAACCUGCUGAAUUAGCUUAACGUUUACAUGCAACGAGUUCUUGUCAGCCUGUUUUGUGUUGUAAGAAUUUGGACCAUCAUUACAGCACAUCAGUGAAACAUGAUGAAAAAAGAGAUUGCAGCAGUGGUGUUUUUCCUGAAAAGACUGAUCAAAAAGGUGGAAAAGUUGGAGACCCAGAAAGUGGACUUGUUUGUGGAGCAGUUGUCUGUUGCCCUGCAGGAGAAGUUCAGGGGGCAUUGGUACCCUGACAACCCCAGCAAAGGACAGGCCUUCAGGUGUAUUCGGCUGAACAUGUUGCAGAAGGAGGAUCCAGAGUUGCUGCGGGCCUGCCAGGAGAGUGGGSUUCAGUACAAGGACCUUGGCCUGCCCAGAGAACUCACACUGUGGGUAGACCCUGGGGAGGGGUGCUGCAGGUAUGGAGAGAAGAACCAUGCUUUCACGGUGGCCAGUUUCUUUGGUGAUGAGAAUGUGACUAAGAAGGUGACCAACGCUGUGGAGAGGGUGACGUCUGAUUACCACUCCAGUUCAUCUUCAGAUGAGGAUAGUGGCCUCAGGGAAACCCAUCCAUCCCCUACCUGCCCCCAAAAUCACCACACAUACCAGGUGAUCUACCCAGCUUCUCCUUUGUGGCGUCGUCAAGUGCCCAAGCAAAAGAAGAUGGGGCAUGGUAAAGGAUAUAARGUCCCUCCACGUCCUCCUCACUAUGGCUUCAGACCUCAAGGCAGACCCACCCAGCCCUUCAGACAAGACUGGGCUCUGCCUGGCCAGAGAGGGGGGCUCGGAUACUGGGGUGGCACUCCAGGCCUGGCUUACUGUUAGGGACCACUGUAGCUAGUGUUGACGUUAGUAUUAGCCUGUUCCAGGRCCCCAGGUUCCCUGAGGUGUUGAGGGUAACCACUAGAGCAAGCAAU